CACAAAUCCCCUGCAACUCCCUCAUCCUCUUCCCUCUUCCCAUUCUACCGCCCUUUCCCUUCCCAAAUUGCCCCUCCCUCUCUCUUCCCAAUCUAACCAACCUCAUCAUGGAUCCCGUCAAUGUCUGGGGCAACACUCCUCUCGAGACCGUCGAUGAGGAGAUCUUCGACCUCAUUGAGAAGGAGAAGCGUCGGCAGUGCCGCGGCAUCGAGCUCAUCGCUUCCGAGAAUUUCACUUCCUUCGCCGUCAUCGAGGCCCUUGGCAGCGCCCUCACCAACAAAUACUCCGAGGGCAUGCCCGGCAACCGCUACUACGGCGGCAAUGAAUUCAUCGACCAGAUCGAGAAUCUCUGCCGGGAUCGCGCCCUCGAGGCCUUCCACCUGGACCCCACCUUGUGGGGCGUCAACGUCCAACCCUACUCCGGCAGCCCCGCCAAUUUCGCUGCCUACACCGCUCUCCUUAACCCCCAUGAUCGCAUCAUGGGGCUCGAUCUGCCGUCCGGCGGCCACCUUACCCACGGCUACUACACGUCCGGUGGAAAGAAGAUCUCUGCCACAUCGAUCUACUUCGAGAGCCUGCCGUACAAGGUGAGCUCGACCACUGGUUACAUCGACUACGAUAAGCUGGAGGAGAAGGCGUUGGAUUUCCGCCCGAAGCUCAUCAUCUGCGGCGGGAGCGCGUACCCCAGGGAUUGGGAUUACGCAAAGUUCCGGGCUGUGGCUGAUAAGUGUGGGGCCAUGUUGCUGUGUGACAUGGCGCAUAUAAGCGGGCUCGUUGUGGCGCAGGAAGCUGCAAACCCGUUUGAGUACUGCGAUGUGGUGACAACCACGACACACAAGAGCCUGAGAGGGCCAAGAGCGGGCAUGAUCUUCUACAGGAAGGGUCCUAAGCCUCCCAAGAAGGGCCAACCUGAGGGCGCUGUCUAUGACUACGAAGACAAGAUUAACUUUUCUGUCUUUCCGUCCCUCCAAGGAGGACCCCACAAUCACCAGAUUGCUGCAUUAGCUGUUGCCCUGAAGCAGGCCAACUCUCCUGGGUUCAAGGCCUAUGCCAAGCAGGUCAAGGCCAAUGCCGUGGCCCUUGGAAACUACUUGAUGAACAAGGGAUACAAGCUCGUCACCGAUGGGACCGAGAACCAUCUUGUUCUGUGGGAUCUUCGACCUCUUGGCUUGACUGGCAAUAAAGUCGAGAAGCUUUGUGAUUUAUGCAACAUCACAGUGAAUAAGAAUGCUGUUUUCGGUGACAGCAGUGCGCUUGCUCCUGGUGGUGUCCGUAUUGGUGCUCCCGCCAUGACCUCAAGGGGUUUGGUCGAGAAGGAUUUUGAGAAGAUUGCAGAGUUCCUCCACCAGGCGGUGACCCUCACCCUAAGCAUCCAGAAGGAACAUGGAAAGCUCUUGAAGGACUUCAACAAGGGUCUUGUAAACAACAAAGAUAUCGAGAACCUCAAGGCUGAGGUUGAGAAGUUCUCAGCAUCAUUCGACAUGCCUGGCUUUGAAAUGUCUGCCAUGAAGUACAAGGACUAGGUUUGUGUUGUUGAUGCACUUGGGAAUGUUGCCAGAUGUGACUCCUCGGAUAUACGCUACAUAAAUUGGCGUGUUCAGUGUGCAUGGAGUGGUAGGUUUCUUUCGACCAAUUUGCUAUUGGAUUUUUGGUAGGGUUGGCAAUGGAUACCCGAGUACCCAACGUAUCUGACCUGAGAAAAUCGGAUACGGAUUUCUAAUUUUUACCCAAUUAUCUGACUAUAUUAUUGCCCAACUUCUAACCUUGUCGAAUAUGUCUGUAUCUACUCACCUGAUUUCCAGAGGGUAUUUUUACAAUUUGCCCUAAAAUUAAUUUUAAUUGAGAUAUUAAAUACUAAUAUAUGAUAUAUUAAAUUCUACAAUGUUGAUUGACAUUGACAUAGAUGAUGAGGUUGUUAUGGUAUCAGUUGAUGUUAAUUGACUUUAUCUUU